UGGGAUUUUUUUUUUUUAUUUUGACAUAUGAGGUUUUAUUAAUAAAACAUUUCAAACCCGAACACCGGGGAUUACAAGAUGGAACAUAAGAUCCAAAGACCAAAACAAAGCCGGCGAUUACAGAACACACCAAUCCCGGAAACACUAGCCGGCGGUUAAAAGAUUACGACCCCAGAGCCAAACUAUAACAAAGAACUUUAAGGCAAAAUACAUAGCCUAGACAAAGCAAAUACAUCUAAACAGAACAUAAACUAGAAACCCUAGAUGAAAACCAAUACCGAUCAAAAGAAAAGAAACCAGCUUGUUAGCCAAAGCAACCGUCGCUGUAGCCUGUCCUCCAGAUCCAACUAAAACUUGCCAUUGGCCUUUGACGCGACUCCAACCUCCGGCAAGGCCAAACGAAGCCUUCCGAACACCAACAUCCUCAAUACAGCCGGUAAUAGUUGACCAACCACCACUAAUCACAGAUCUGACGAGAUCUGUGUCGAUGGAGUCCGAUUUCAUCUUCUCCGCUCAAUCCAUAGAAGUGAAGCUAUAGACCAGAUCUGAGUACAUCUAUAGAAGAAGAAGACCUUAAACCGUAAAGAACAUAAGCCCACCUUCUCACAGUGCAAACGACACAGACGUCGUCGAUCGGAGAAGGUCAGAGGCGAACAAAACUUUUUUUUAAAAAAAUGAAAAUUUGAUGAAAAUUGUUAUAACAAAAAAAAAAUGUUUUGGGCUCUCGACUCUUCCUAUUGGGCCCUAGGGCAGGAGAACACCUAAUGUCCUUCCCUCUCAGCCGUUGCGCUUGAUUAGAGAAAUAGCAGACUUUUGUUCCAGCUAGAUGGAGUUCUGUCCAACAUGUGGGAACUUGCUGCGUUACGGUCAAUCACAGUUCUUCUGCUCGACAUGUCCUUACAUCGCCCGCAUCGAAAGACAGGUUGAGAUAAAGAAGAAGCAAUUGCUGGUUAAGAAAUCCAUUGACCCGGUUGUGAAGAAAGAUGAUAUUCCAAAAGGACCUGAAACUGAAGCGCCAUGCCCAAGAUGCGGGCACGACAAGGCAUACUUCAAAACAAUGCAGAUUCGUUCAGCGGAUGAGCCAGAAUCGAGAUUUUAUAGAUGCGUCAAGUGCGAGCAAACUUGGCGCGAGGAAUGAUCCCUUUAUACUCCCCUCCCCCCACAACAAUAAAAGAAAGCAAAUCUAUGGCUCUUUCAGUUUUUUUUGUUGUUGUUGUAACAAUGGCAAUUUUCGAUAGCUUUCGGAGUUAUCUGCCUUUUUUUUUUUUUUGUUUUUGGGAUUGUUUCUGUGUGAUUUAAGCAGUUUUGAUGUUCGUUUACAGUUUCUUAUCAACCACAAUAAAACGUUCAUCUGAAUGGAUUUUCUUUGUGAA